AUGCAGUGGCUCUGUCCUCUAUGGAAUUACAGACGAAAUACUCUUUGGUCUCAUCGUUUAUCUUUUUUAUUUCUACAUUUAUUCUAUUUCACUUCCCUUACAAAUCUCAUUGCCAUUUCCUUAGAACGGCUACACGCAACAUUUUGUCCAUUCAGGCAUCGCUUUGUAAGGAAAUGGGUUUAUAGAGCCAUGAUUAUUGUCAUUUGGUUGAUAGCUAUUGUUAGAGAAGUCGCCCAAAUUUUCUUAUGGGAAAUAGGUUAUUUCGAGGUAAUUAAUGCUUACUUGUAUCUCCCAUUUUAUGCAGUUUCUCUAUUCGUUAUCUGUGUAUCUUACAUCCUCAUUGUUAUCAAAGUGCGAUGUAGUCGUCAUCCCCAAUUCCAUUCUAGGUCCAAAAGAGAAAGAAAACUGACGGGUACUGCGCUUAUCGUCUCAGUUGUAUCUUUACUUUGUCUUCUACCAGGGACAAUGUAUGUAGCAUGUAUUCACCUUUCCUCUUCUUGUUUUAUGAUGUAUUUUCAUAUUAAGAUGGCUGUGGUAGUUCUAUUCUUAGCUAACUCACUUGUAAAUCCUAUAAUUUACGCUCUUCGGAUGCCAGGAUUCAGAGAAGGUUUAUUACAGCUAGUUUACAGGGUCCCAGACCUUCCUCGUAUCGCCCUAGCAAACCUGCCACUUCGCAACCUUUGGAGAGCGUAGAUGGAUGGUAGGAAAACUAUAUAUGAAAUUUUUCUUUUAAAUAACUUUAACUUCUUAGCCGAGCAACAUGCAUUUCCAUUUCAUUUUUUGGUGAUAUGAGAGUAGACUAAGGAUAGAAACGAUACAAACAUCUAAAUGAUUAAAAUGAAAAGCGAUGCACCUAGAAAACUAAACAAAGAUAUAAGUGCAACGAUUAGUGAGCUUCCGGUCAGUUAGGUUUUUCUUUGAGUGGAACGAAAAAAUCAUCGAGGAGUCUUCAAAUAUAAAAAAUUGAAAUCACUAUGAAGAGAGAAUACUUAAUUUUCCCAUUGGAGUUACUCUUAAAUUAAGUAAAGAUGCACCGAUAGAUCUAAAGAAAUAAAUGUCACCGUGUUAUUCUAUUUUCAAAAGUUUUGUCGGCUGCGUCACUUUUCCUCUUUAAUAUUACAUAUUCUCAGGUAUUAACCGACAGCUUUUAAAAAUUCAACUUUAGGAUCUAGGGAAUGGCUCAUCUCCGAUAGUAUUUUGCAGUUUAAUUACGAUAAAGUAGAGGACUUCGUCCAAAUUAACUCAAUACAGCAAGUGUAUGCUUCCAUCCAAAAUUUCGGUUCAGCUGCACUCAACUUAACAUGCUCUAAUUACGAUCCCGCCUGUGGGACAGUGAAACGCAAGUCUGUCAAUAAAUGUCUUACUCAUGAAAGUAUUUUUAAUUUAAGAUGUGAGAUUACAACUGUAUUAGUUUUAAAACAGUAAGACUGUCUAAUUUAUGAUUAUACUUUUGAAGUCUUGUCCAGUACGUUUGCGUUACUUAUGACCUACCUUGUAAGAAAUUUAAGUCAUUAAUUAAGAAAUUUUCAGCAACGCAAUUUUUAUGUAACUCCAUAUUAUAGGAUGCACGGUCUUUAUCACCGCUUUAACGAUUUCUGUUCGUAAAACUUCUACCCAUUUAUCUUGCGAAUACUUAAUUGGAAAUAACAUCCACAGCUGUAGUUAAUAACCUGAGUUAAGUUAGGCGAUUUCUUGAACUGAAUAUAAUAAGGAACCAAGUUUACAGAAGAAGUUUAUUUUCAAUAAAAGAAAAUGACUAGUUCAGUGCAGAUAUAAGGAGGUAAAAUCGAUCAGAGAAUUUUUUUAAAAGAACAGAGAUAAUUUUUUGGACCAUUCAUAAGUACGAACACUAAAAAAUGCCUCGUAUUUCAGUUUUGAAAUGUUUUCUCAGCCACUUAAAUUGCCUUGUUCUGUGAUAUAACCUCUCCUGUAAACACCAAAAGCUUUUUUAAUGAAACAUCCACGGGAUUUGAGAACAGACACCACCAAGGCAAACACAACAUCGACGGAAAAUUAUCAGUCAACGGAACGUGCACUUACUAUAAAUGAUUCAGUUCAUGUUAGUUGGUCAUCUCAAGAAGAGAACUAAUUUUUCUAAUGAAACAAACAUGGCUUUUUCAUCACGAUUUUACAUGUUUUACGCUAUAUUAAAUCUGCAAAGGAAAAAAUAUGAACGAUCAAGACAAGUAAAUCUAAUUAUGUCGCGAUUCAUACUCAAAAUUAGUUUGUCAUAAGAUAAAAACGCAUAGUCUAAAAUGAACCAACACCCUAAGAGAGAUAGAACCAAAUUAAAAAAAGGAGAGGUUCUAAUGAGCAAGAAGCUUCCAUUUCAUUCACAAGCGAGACUUCCGAUUUAAGGGGGCGGGAAAUAAUUUUUAGUUUCACGUGAAAAAAAUCGAAUGGACCAAUAUUUAUUAAGUUUUGUUAGUUUAAUUAAUUGUCUCGCUUUUAAAUAGAAAAGUCAACAAACAUCAUAGUUUUACUCACGCAGAAAAAAAAAUAACACUAGUGCAAAUUGAGGAAAACUCAGAGCUCAAUGGAUACUUAGACUCAUUAUUUCUUUUCCUCGUAUUUGUGCCUAUUUAAAGACGUCGACCGACCCCACUCGUGGGUCCAAAUUAUUCUGUCACACGAGCACGACGACUCCUACCGCAAUUAUGCAAAUUACGUCAUGCAAGCCCUCACUGGACUCCUGCAAGGGCCUCUGUAAGGUAACAUUUUGUGGAUUUUCGUUUACCGUAGGCUAGUUAAAAGGCACGGGUUAGCAAGUCAAACAAGGGACAGAAACUUAAGAUUCGUAUGCGAGAGACCAGCAAAGUUUUUAAUCGUAUACUGCUGCUGGCAUUGGUGCAUAAUCGUACUAGACAGAACGAUGGCAGAAUAUCUCUGCAGAAACAAACUUCAAAUGAUAAAAGACAAAGUAAUUUAACAAAAAAGGGUAUCAAUUUGUUAUUUGUUUCUGAAAAGGUUCUCCUGUACGAUUUUGAGUAAGUUUUAAAGGCAGGAAUGCUCCUUAACUCUUUGGUCACGCAAUCAACAUAUGGCGUGAUUUUAUGUCUUCCGUGUCCUAUUUUGAAGAGUUUCCUGCGUCGCAAGAAAACAUUUGCCCAAAAAAAACUUUACGUCAUUUUGAAGAUCAUUCCUUCGGAAAUUUACAUACGUAAUUUGGUGGAAUUCUGCAUAAUGGCACAUGGUGAGAAAAAGAGGUUUUGUUCACCGACAUUUUUUUGUAACGGAAGAGAGCACAUUGCUUUUCCGUAUUGCUAAAAGCUUCUACGCAACUAAUUCCUACACAACUUACUUUUUACAAAUGACGAAGAGUCUAGGAAAGAGCAAACGUUGGAUAGAUUUCCCCUGAUGUAAUAUCUUUGAAAUGCGAAGCGAGCGAAAGUGUUUAGUUUUCGACCUGUUAUGACCCGAUCCAUCGAUUCUGGAGGGUGAAAGCGAAAAGUUCGUUUUUCUCGAAAAUUAAACAUGUUUGAGGAAAAAAGAUGCACAAAAUUUCUUGUCUUACUAAGGUCUACUUGUGUGCAAAAAUUGAGACAAUUUGAAUUUUUGACCCUUGCCAUAAAUAUUUCAUUUUUGAUUGAUUUUUUGCACGGAUGUCUUCUUAAAUGUGACCGUGUAAUUUUAUUUUGUAAAGUUUUGUCGACUGGAUCAUUUUUUCCCUCUAAUGUUACAGUUACUGACCGACAGCUUUUAAAAAAGUCAACUUCGUGAUCUAGGAAAUAGCUCAUCUCCGAGAGAGAUUUGCAUUUUGAAAUUAGUUCAAAUUAAGGCAAUACAGGUGUAUGCUUCUAUCCAAAAUUUCGGUUCAGCCGCUCUCGAAUUAACACGCUCUAAUUACUUCCCUUACUUCUGCUUCAACGAUAUAAAUUCUCCCGAAGAAGGCUUUAAAACCUCCAUUUAAGGAUUUUAGAAACUAUUUAUUUCCACUCGUUUGAUGUACUUAUGUUGAUUCUCUUUAUUCAGUUGUUUGUAGGUGGAUUUAUCACGAUACAGGACUUUAAUCACACUAACAAUCGCGGAGUUUAGGCGGAUGCUUUUAUCUGUAAUGGUUGUUUAGCUGCACUAAAAAUGCCGCUCUCCUUUCAGCUAUUAUCUGUCAAUCAUUCGGAAAAACUAAAUUGGAGUUCUAAUGGUGAUAAGUAUAGUCUGCAAUUGCACUCUUCCUCAGCAUGCUGCUUUCUUUUCUUUGUGAAAACCGCCCUUUCUGCAUUUGACUUAAACUUAAUUCGUUAAAUGUUAGAAACACUUUCGUUAUCAGUGAGGUGAGUUCAAAAUAUUCUUAAGGUUAGAUUGCAAAUUCUACCUUCGACGAGAUGAGGAAAACUGAAUCAAUAUGGACGGAAAUAUGUUAUUGAUAAUGUUAGUAAUCGUAAGGCGACGAAAAAGACCGCUUUCUCCAGUUUGUUGCUUAUGAUAUUGACCGAGGAAGAAAUUUAUCCGAAGCGAGAAAAGACUAUGACUAAACUUCUGGGUGUAGGAAAUAAAACAUAAGAGACUUUUUUCCUUUUAAAAAUGUAAGUUAUAUUUCACCGUACUUACAGUUAAUUUGUCUUUGAAAUUUUUGAAGGCAGUAACAACAACAACCACAGUAUUUCUAAUGGCGGCAUCGAGAAGAGGAGUAGGUCUUUCUACUAAAUCUUUCUGAUAUAUUUCCGGAAGAUCUCUGGAUUUUUUGUUGUCAUCUGCUUUUGGAGGCAAUAAAUUUCCUUCAAGCAAUUGAGAUCACUAGUGGCAAAGCUUUCCGCUUAUUCGGUGAACAUCGAAAAAGUUCUAUAAUUAUUAUUAAAUUCGUCUUCAUUGAAAGAAAAAAAAAAGGAAUAGGCUAUGAUGUGUAUUCAUAUCCGCAUAAAAAAACACGAGGAUCAGUUUUAGUUAACAGACAAAACUUAGUCGAAGCACAUAAAAAAAAGUGAAAAGCAAUAUUUGACAUAUAUCUUUAUUGAGAAUAUUGAAAUCAUAUUUCGUUUUAUCUUAAAUUUCACUGUUUUCUGUUAUUUUUAUAGCAGCUAACAGAGCUCAGAGAAAAUGCAGCCUUUCUACUCAGCUUCGCAGUGUAUUCCAUGGCUUGUGGUCCUCAUCAUCAAAUGUCUGGCCAUAGUCAUCCUUAAUAUCAUCACCACUGUUGUCUUUGUGAAGAAAAAGCGUCAGCUACAGCGGCGGAGUACAUAUUUGAUCAUCCAUCUGGCGAUAGUCGAUCUUUUGGUGGGCGUAGUCUCUGGGCCGCUACAGAUUGAAAACAGAAUGUCGAAGGACUGUCCUCAAUGGAAGUACAGACGAGAGACUACUUGGUCUCGUCAUAUAUCUUUUGCAUUUGUACAUUUAUUCUCGUUCACUUCCCUCACAAAUCUAAUCGCUAUUUCUUUAGAACGGCUACACGCAACAUUUUGUCCAUUCAGACAUCGCUUUGUGAGCAAAUUGGUUUAUAGAGCCAUAAUUAUUGUCAUUUGGUUAAUAGCUAUUGUUAGAGAAGUCGCCCAAAUUUUCUUAUGGGAAAUUGGUUAUUUCGAGGUAAUUAAUGCUUACUUGUAUCUCCCAUUUUAUGCAUUUUCUCUAUUUGUUAUCUGUGUAUCUUACAUCCUCAUUAUUAUCAAAGUACGAUGUAGUCGUCAUCCUCAAUUCUAUUCUUGA